AUGGAGUACUCAGACCAUGCCAACCUAAUCGAGACGGCCUUGGAGGCUUUAAAAAGUCAGCAGUUUCGCCUCAAAGUGCAGCGCCGACGUAUGGUGCGCUGGCGCCACCAACGAAAGGAAAAGCUGGCUACCAUCCGUGACGAGAUACAGCGUCUGGAAAAUGUCUUGGAGCAGCUCCUUUAUAAGGCACAAACGACUCUGCAUCAGCUAUCUCCAGAAUCCACGAGUGCAGCCUUGUACCGAGUUACGAUCGAGAGGGCGGCGCUGCAUAGAGACAAUCUACAACUGCAAGAUGCGAUUACCCGUCACCUCGAAAUUGAAACCAAGCUCAAGCGCGAAACAGGCCAGUUUAGACGCGAACUACACCAAGUGUCCAAGGUAAAGGCGACCUCGAGUCAACUCGCUUUAGACAGCGAAGGGUGGUGGGUGCACUUCCCGAAUGGAGAGCCGCCAUUCUUCUUCCAUCCGAUUCCCGAGGACGAGUACCUGGACAAGUUGAAACAGCGCGAGGUUGAAUUUACCGAGCGCCACCUAUUCAUCUCUUUCAUCGACAACAUGUUUGGCUGGUCAGUGGAUUACGUGCCGCCGUUUCAACAAGCGUCGGGCACUACGAUAGCGCAUGCACGAUUCUCGAAACGCCUUCGUUGCUCGCUGCCAGAAGCUUGCCAGACUUUAGAACGUAUCGACAUCAGUCAGUGGCCAAGAAUUAUUUCACCUCGGAGCUGGGGGCUUGAGCAGCGCGGUGAUUCCUACUGCCAACCACUUCAGAAGUUUGUGAAGCAAGACGGUGUUGUGGUGUGGAACAUUCCAGGCGACGUCCAUCUUCGGUACAUCGCUGCCGUGCAAAACAGGGUGUCAGUACUCCCAGAUGGGAGACAGAUGGCUAAGCACUGCAUCAUGAUCGUGGACUCUGAAGCAAACGCACGCAGUCGAGAAGCGGCAGGAUCGCAGAGUGACGUCAAGUGGGUUUUUCAAGGAGGAGAGAACUGCAUAUGGACAGAAGUGGAUGAGAAUACGGUAGAUGUCGUGUAUGAUCAGUGGUCGGAGUGCCUGAGCGAGGCGCACGGGCGGGAACUUUAUGUUGAUUGGAUUCGCUUCGUGCUUCGUAUGGAGGAACACAUUGCACCGACCCGUUUGCUUCAGAAAUAG